AUGAAAAGAAAUUUGCUGGAUGAAAUUCCAGAUGAAAUUCUAAUCGAAAUUUUCAUCUACCUGACCGAAUCAUUGAAAACAAUCAUGAUUACACUGCCGAGUGUUUGUGAGCGAUUUUACAAGUUGAUUGAUCCUCCGAAAAUUGAACACGAUGAUUUUGCAAAAUCUUCCGAUGAUCAAUUACUUUCCGAUCAAUUGAAGAAAUUAAAUAUUCAUCAUGAUAGGGAUGAAGGAAAUUUAAUGAAUGAUGGAUUGUAUGAACAUUUAUUACGUUCCUAUUCGUUGAAUACAAAUUUUGCUUCUUCACAAGUAUUGAAUCAAUUUACCAGUUUUAGAAUGGCCUUUAUUCGUAGUGGAGUGAUGGGAUUAUCUCUUCCAUUGGAGAAAUGUUUUAGAAUGGAGAUGUGUUAUAAGGAGAUGACCAUCUUUGAGAAGGAGGAUUGCUAUCUCAGUUCAGUUGGACAGGAUGUAUCUAGUAGUAGUAGUACCAGUUGCACGAUUGGAAGAACUGUGAGGAUGAAUCAAGAUUACAAAUCUUCAAAUGCUGGAAUGUGUAUUGUGAAUAAUCCAAUUCUUUAUGAUAGUGGAAUUCACUUUUUCGAGUUUAGAGUUCACAAAAGUGGAACCUUUGAUAAUCUCUUGAUGGGUUUGAUAUUGAUAGAUAUAUUAUCGGAAUGUAAAGUGGAAGAUCCAAUGAGUUUUGAUCGUUUAUCAGAGAGAUUUGAAAUCAAGACAAAAUCAUUGGACGUACCAUUUUUGGAUUAUGUUGGAUCAGGAAAUUCUCUUGGAAUUGGAUAUUAUGAUGAAGGACAUCACGUUUAUUUGAGAAAUACCUCAAUCAAGACAUAUGAUUUCGGUGUUGAUCAAAAUAUUUUCACUUAUCCAUGUGAUACUACUAAUUGUGAAUACGUUAUUGGUGUUUAUUUUGAUUCAAAGAAUAUGCGAUUGGCAUUCUCUAGAGAUGGAAUUUUCAUAAAACAACAAUUGGACAUUUCAGAUCUCAUUCACAAUAGGUAUGCAGAAUAUUUGAGUGGAAAUUUGGCUUUCCACCCUGCCGUAUCUAUGGGACAAUUAAACGAUGCCAUUACUUACGAAAGUAGAAUUCCCUACGAAAAGAUCCAACAUUUGAGAAAGAUUUCUACAGAGCUAAGCUUUGUACCCUAUGCUAGUGAGGAACUUUUUUAA